CAGAUGGCCUUAUUUGAGUAUCGUAAAUUUUGGUAAAAAUUUCGGUUCAGGCAAUAUAAAUUCUGUAUGCACUCUAAAUCUUCCAAACCCCCCACUAGACGAGACAAAAAGUUUCCGUCACAAGCUACCAUAUGCUAUCACCGCGACUGGCACCGACAGUCUUUUCCUCCGGACUCGGGUUACUCCCACGGCACCAAUUAUGCAUUCCACCGCUCCUCAACUGUAAACAUGCGGGGCCGAUUGCGCGGGGUCAUCCAGAUAUAAAAUUUCACAACGGCGCAGUCCGCGCAUCUUCGUCUUCGUCGACGCGAUGGAAAACAAGACAAGGAAGAGAUGCCUUCUCUCGAGAAGCAAAGGUGCAGGGUUUGAAGAGUAGAGCUGCUUUUAAGCUUCUUGAAGUGCGUGUUUUGUUUACCUACCUACCUGAUGGUUAUUGAAGAGGCUUUGUGUAUUGAUACUUGUGUAGAUUGAUGUGAAGUAUAAAAUUUUUAAGAGAGGACAGACGGUGGUUGAUUUGGUGAGUCUUUCUGUGUGUGUAAGAGAGAAGAGGAUGGGAGAAGAUGGGAUGGGAUUAUGAGGGAAAAGUUUAUUGAAUUGAGGAAUUUAGGGAUAUGCGCCAGGUAGUUGGUCUCAGGUUCGUUGUUUUCGAAGCUCCUUUCUAUCUAUUUCAAUUCAUACCUACCUACCUACCUACCUACCUACCUACCUACACAUAAAAUAACAUGCUCACACAAAACCCCAAACAAACAGGUAGCAGUCGAGCGCACCAAACCCGGCGGACGAAUCCUCGGCAUCGAUAUCAUACCCGCGCAACCCCCCAAAGGCGUCUCCACAAUCCAAGGCAAUUUUCUCUCAGCCGGCGUCCAAGAAUCCGUCAAACAAUUUCUCUCGGAUCCUGAUCGCGGACGACCGCGCAGAUCCCUCUUCGCAGACGAUGCUGAGGAUAUCGAGCCGGAACUCAGCUACCUAGAAUUAGAGCGACAUAUGGAUGAUAGUGCGGCGACGGCUGCGGAUCAUUCAGGGAAGAAAGGAAGCCGGCCUGCGGAGGAGCAGGACGAGGGCAAGAUGGUCGAUGUGGUGCUAAGUGAUAUGUGCGAACCCUGGGAGCAGACAGCGGGUUUUUGGAAGAGAAGUCUGAGUGACCCUUAUUUUAGGAUGAUGAAUACGACCGGUAUCAAGUUUUCAGAUCAUGCCGGUAGUAUGGUAUGUACUUUGAGCUAUUUCUCUCACACACACACACAUAUAUUUUGGAUUCUGGAUUCACCACUCUAAUCUUUACGUAUGUAUAGGAUCUUUGCGCCGCCGCUCUACGAUUUGCUUUUGACACGCUGAAGCCUGGCGGGCAUUUUGUUUGUAAAUUUUAUCAGGGGGCUGAGGAUAAACAGUUGGAGUUACAGCUCAAGAAGUUGUUUAGCGUGGUGCAUAGAGAGAAGCCCGAGUCAUCUAGAAGUGUGAGUGAGCCCAGGCAAUUGCAAUGAUAGAACGUGUGCUCAUAGUCAACAGGAAUCCAAGGAGUCAUUUUUUGUAGCUUUAAGCCGGAAGACGGAAGUUGACGGUGUAGCUUUAGGCUAUGUCGAUGAUGUAAAAGGAUGAAACAGGAACACAAUCCGUAUGAUUGCACGUUUAGGGUUAUGUAGAUCAGUGGCACAGUGAUAAAUGAAUCUUCACAUAUGUAAAUGGGCAAUUUGAAUAGGGUGGAAUCACAUUGUUCAUGACUAC